CCCUUGGACUCUUUUGGGCCCUUGGUCUCUUGGGGCCCUUGAUCCCUUGGUCGGGUGGUCUGGCAAGCCCGGUCCCCCGCGCGGCAUAUAAUAUGAGCUAGUCGACGCAGAUUAGUUCUGCAACGCAACCGUCUUUGCUUCUUCCCGCCGCCGGGAGUCCGACCGUCCGACUCUGACUCUGCUUCUGACUCCAUCUAACCAUGCUCUCGCAAUGACCCUCCCGCCCAUCUCCGAGCCAUGAGCUUGUCUUCCGACGUCACCUUCGACAUCGCGUCGGCCUGCGUGGCCGCCACGCUGAUACUGGCCCGAUGCGCCUACCGCAGCCUCUUCCGCUGCAAGCUGCACGCGACAUGCCACCGGACCUGGCGCAUCGACGAUCUCUACGUCGCCAUGGCCCUGCUGCCGCUGAUUGGCCGGACCACCUGCAUCUCGGUCUCCUUCGUCCUCAAUCCGUCCCAUACCUACGAUCCUGCCACCGAGGCUGAGGCCGCCGCCCAGGGCGUGACGACGGCGAAGAUGGACCACGACCGAAUACUGUCGCACAAGUUGUUGAUACCGGCCCGCAUAUGCUACGCGCUGUUCCUGUGGUGUCUCAAGCUUGGGUUGCUUGGCUUCUACUCCCGUUUCGUCCACGUUUUCCCCUGGGGCAAGCGAGUCGUAAACGCCCUCUAUGCCUUCAUUUUCAUCACCUUUGUUGCUGUGCUCAUCACUACCUUGUCAGAGUGUCGACCACUCUCGCGAUUUUGGGCCUUGAACACCGAUGACAACCGCGAGACAUGCCACCGCGCCCUAGGCAACUUGAUUCUCAUGGCAGUUUGCAACAUUAUAUCCGACAUCGCCCUCAUCCUGUUACCGUUUCCGAUCUUGCAACAUUUGCGACUCGACUUGAAAGCGAAACUUCAGCUGGGCUUCUUGUUCGGCAUUGGCUUUGUUGUUGUUGCCAUUACGAUACUACGACUUCCUCUUAUCCUUAAUCAAUCAGUAUCCCAAAAGUCCCGCUCAUUAUGGGCGUCAAUUGAGAUUCUAUGUGCGUGUGUGGUUGCAAAUACUGCCUUCUUUUACGCACUUGUAAAAGACAUCCAGCGACCGCAUGAUGACCGCACUGUAAUGUCGAGUAGUAAUCAACGAAGGGACUUUUAUAUGGAGACCCUACCUUCCACCUCCAGCUAUACAAAUAUGGCCAAGUAGGAGGGGAAGUUUAUGAUGACGUAGUAAUAUACCCUUAAUUUACCAAGUCUCGUGAGAUACUGUUCUAGCCUGACCAGUCAACCCAUCUCAGUUGAGGUGUGGAUGGAGCCGGUAACAGAGGCUAGAAAACCUAAAAACCCACCCAUAAGGCAGGCUAAUAGAGACUGUAAUGGCUGUGUGGUCUGCAACUGCAGCCAAGACUGACUCGUUGUUGAACUAAUAGCCCAAG